AUGGAAGAAGAAAUUGAUAUAAAAGCAUCUGUAGGAAAAUACACUGAAGAUAUAGAACUUCAUAAUGACCUUGAAAUCCUCGCAACAAAAGAACACUUUUUUACUCGAUAUAAAUUGCAUAAAGUGAAAUGCUGGCAUAUUCCAGGUGUUGUAGUUGUGGGGACAGAGUUGACUUUUAUUAAUCAUUCAACUGGAGAACUAUUAAGUCCAGGCCCACAUAUUGGCUAUGCGCUUGAUGAUACCAAAGUGACUUCAGCAGAGCUGCUGCUUGACCUUGAUGAAUUUGUGAUAGAGUUAAGUGGAAGAGCCAAAACAAGCAUUGAUUUUAUCCAUUUUAGGACAAAUAAAGGAAAAUAUGCAGAAUUUGGAAACCCAUGAGCAGUUGGCCAAUUUCGAUACAAGCUUCCAAGAAACCAUGCUAUUCUUUCGCUAAUUGUAGGAAUUGGUCAAACGUUGCAAUAUUUAUCAGUUCAGCCUAUCCCAAUAGAAGCAGCACCUGUCGAGCAAUCGAUAUCGCAAUUAUCACCUACUUCUAACAGAUCUCCUACAAUAAUUAUUAAAUCGCAGUAUUUUGGAGUUGAAAAAUCCACUGCGAUUAUUGUUGAUGACUUUUUUGCAUUAAAUUUGCAUGAUCACGUCAAGAAUAAAACUUCGAAAAUAAUUGGGAUCAAUUUGAUAUCUGGAGCCAAAAUUUAUGGGAUGGAAGUUGUAUAUAGCAUGAAUCAGAGAAUAGUUAUGUCAAAUUAUAAUAUGGGCAAUGCAGUUAAUAUAAAGAAAGGAGUGAGGGAUGCUUUUCAAAUAGAAGAGCAGGACUUUUUAGUAGAAGUCAUAGGGACUAAAGAUAGCAAAGGGAUUUCUUCGUUGUGUUUUGUAACACAGAAUGAUAAAAGAUUUUAUUAUGGGAAAUAUUAUCUAUAUCGUUUUAACGUCCAGUACGGGUAGCCGUUACUCCCAGGGCUACCACCAUAUUUAUCCACGUGUCGAGCCCAUGGACCUCUGGACUGAUCCACUUUGUUUCACCAAGGCACGGGUAAAUACGAUGUUCCGGCUUCGACGGGCUGCGUUCGCCUCGCGUUCCUUGACUCAGCUCCUGCGCGUAUUCCGCCUAAGGGUCACCUUCCUCGGGUGUGCUGAGAGGUAAAACUUUGAGCCUCUUGAUGUACUUUGAGCAGUGCCUCGGCUUAUCUGCCAGAAUUAAACUGCUAUUGCUGUACACCCCAUAAAUAAAAUUGCUUGAGGGAGAGAAAAUUAGCAGAGUUAAUUUCGCUCGAACCGAAUGCCAUUUUAUUUAUUUUAUUAUGGGAAACAGAAAGGAGAGCAGUUUAGUAUUCAUUCUGAGAGAGAUUACGGUUAGAUAGGGUUAAAAUGGGGUUUAUUUCAGCCUGUAUCCAAUCGAGCUUCACGCUCAUGUGGCGCAAGACGCUAAAGCCAUAUAACGCCGUUUUCCUAUUGGGCCACUAAAAAUGCUGAUGUUGCCAGUCUAACGGAUAGACUCAUCUAAACCUCCUUGGACCAAAAAUGGCACUAUGGCCCUCUUAACCCUGGAAGAGCUCUGGGUAUGAGUAAAGCGUCUGAUCCCUCCUUCUGAAACUACCUAUUCCUUUUUCUUGCAACAUAAUGCUUUUCAGAAGUGUUCGAUUGUUGUUGCGCUGCCGGUCCUCCUGCCUGUCGGCCGAUGAGGAUGCCCAAUCACCCCCCAGAAAUUCUGCCACCUGACCUUUCGGCUGGUUUUUUCUUCUGGCUGACUAAAAUUUUGGGUUUUUCUUGUUUCGCACAGCAUCUCUGAUGGCAAAAAUUCUCGCAUUCAUUCUGAAGGUUUGGAAAUUGUAGCCAUUAGAGGAGUUUUUAUAAAUACACAAGUUCUUGGGAUUAUGGGAUAUUUUGCAUAA